AUGCGCCAUCAUGCGGCACAUAUGAGCAAUGCUGCACUUUUCCUCAACCGCUACCGGUCAUUCCUUCCUUCCGCGACCGACCAAGUUUUGCCUACGCGUUCGAGUCCGAGUCCGAGUCUACGUCUUCACUGUCGACGCGUCCAUCAUGCUCUCCUUGGUUUCUCGCGCGACAAAACAAUUGCGUCUUCUCGAGCUAAUCUUCAGAUUAAUGCUGCCUCCGACUCUGCUCCCGAAAUACCCAUUAGGACUGUAGCCAAAUUGAAGGAGAGCAUCCUCACUCCCGCGGAACAGACAAUCACCAAGAGCGAAGUGCUUCUCGCCACCCCUGUAUCAUCGGCACCCUCCACACGAUCCGCACCCUUCGUCUCAUCUACAACCCGCACCCAUGCUAAGGACUCCGCUAGUUCCUCCAACUCCGCACAAUCUAUCCCUCCCAUCCCUCAGCUUCUCAAAGCUCGAGGCUAUGUCGAUGCGGACAUUCUAUCGGAACGCGACCAAAACUCCGAGGAUCCAGGCCGGAUGCCUCACCCAGAUUCGCUCGAACGUCUGCCUCAUUUAUCCCAACUUCAGUCAGACGAUUUCUUCACUUUACAUCCCAUGACGACACCUCGCCAACCCAAACCGCCAAGUCUGCAUCGACAACUGCAGUCUUUAGUCGACCAAGACCCUACCCCUCCGCUGGAUUCUCUCAUCCGCUUCCAUGCAUCUUUCCCCGCACGCAAACAGUCAACUCGUUCCUAUAACCUACUCCUCCGUUUGGCCAUACGCAACGCGUCUUAUCGCACCGUAACGUAUCUCCUAGACACGAUGAGGGAGCUGGAUAUUCCGGGAGACGAGCAUACCUUGAAAUAUACAGUCAGAUUCUUGGUUCGGCAGGGCUUAUGGUCAGACGCCUUCGCGGUGGCCACAGGUAGGGGCAGUCGCAGCAUGGCCGACACCGCCUUUGGUCGUGGCGGCGUUCAUCCUAUCGCCUGGACGGAGUUGUUUGGAGGGGCUCAACGAGGCGCAGUGCGGCGGGGGUUUGAGGAGCUUGGUUCGCGGCCUGUGACACCGCGGACGCAUGGAAUAGGCUCGGAGCGAUUCCACCUAAACAUGCGACAACUUCCCAGACUGACGUUGACGAACCGCAGCGUUGACCGGCCGUCAAAGACGACAAUUUACCUCUUCGUUCAAUCACUUCUCCGCAUGGGAGAGCACCGGGCAGCGCUCGACAUUACGAUCCGGCUCCUUCGCGCCAAUCCAACCGUUUGGGGCAUGCGUUUCGUCCACCUCCAUAUUGCAUUGCUCGGCCGCAAGCCUAUGCCGAAGCCUGGAAUCCAAAGCUACAACGCCGCUCGUAGGGAUCUCGAUGCGAUGCUCUCCGCCUGCCCAUCGCUUCAACCGGACGCUACCACCCUCUUCAUUCUACUCGGCCACCUCAAAUCAACGGUGAACUGUGGUACCCUCGGACACAGGCUCCUCCUGCAGUUCGAGUCACGCUGGGGGAAAGAUGUCGUAAAUGCGAGCGUCCGGGCAAGGAUGCUCGCACUCGCGAGGAAGCAGGGUCGGCCUGACCUUAUUAGAACUUGUGUGGAGGCCAUACGGAGGAGUGGAGAUCUGAAGGGCUCGAUGCAUGUAGGGCUUGAACCGUCGCUGUCUCGAACGACAACCGCAACGAGGACAGAGAGCGCAGGCGGGCAUUUACGCUCAAUGUAUCUGCGAAAGGGUGCGGAGAGGACGCGGAGUUGGAAGCUGGUUGGCAGAGUUGGAAGGCGUAAGGCCAGUCACUCGGUGCCUACUUUGUAA